AUGCCCGUCCGCUGCAGCAACGGGCCUACACAUGUGACCAAGACACCUCGCGCGCCGGGAGCUAGUCGCGCAACCAGCUCGUCAGGACGCGCCAAGAUGGACAGUAACUUGCUGAACCUCCUGGCUACGUGCCUGACUCCGAGCGCGCCGACGUUCGCGGAGGCUCAGCGUCAGCUGGGCGAGAUGCGGCAGCACCAGCUGCCGGAGUUCGUGCGUGCCCUGUGCGACGUUAUCGCCAACUCUCAUGUGAACAGCGAUAUACGUCAGUUGGCGGGUGUUCUGCUGAAGAACUGCUUCGAGCGAGACCCCAAAUCCAGCGACCCUAACUCAAACGUCCUGCUGCAGGUCCCCGAGGACUCGCUGCGCUACAUCAAGGUUCAGCUGCUCAACGUCAUGAAAUCCGGCGAGGAAAGCCAGUCGGUUCUGGCAGCUUGUUACGUCAUUUCACGCAUUGCCGAGCUGGAGCUGCGGCGGCAGGGAUGGCCGGAGUUCUUCGACAUAAUCAUCGGGAUGAUGGACUCCAACGACGUUAACUCAUGUCGCAGUUCUUUGAAAUGUGUGCAAUACCUGAUUGAGGACCUCUCUUCGGUAUACUACAACCAUGGCGCUGCGUUCCUUUCGAAAUCCGAGUGCGAUCGGCUGCUGACGUCGAUCGUGAAGGGCGCGUGCAUGACAGACGAUCGCAGCCGGAAAACGGUGAUGAUUUGUAUGCAGCACAUCCUGCCGUUCAUCGGCAGCAACAUGGCCAUCCCGAGCGAGCGCGAUGCCAUUGUGCAGGCGAUUUGCUACAACAGCGCACCCGGGAACGGCCCAGAUGUGCGCGCAGCGGCAAACGAUUGCCUGGUGCAGCUGAUCACCGAUUACUACGAGAUUAUGGCCCCAUGUCUACAGUACAUCGUGCCGCUGUUGUGGCAGGCCAUUGACACUUGCGUUGACGAGAUUGCUAUUCCCGCCUUCGAGUUCUGGAACACCAUUUGUGAAACUGAAAUCCAGCUCGAAUACGAAAAACCGGAGUCCAACCAACGCAUCAUACAGCAGGUGAUCUCAUACCUGCUACCCAAGAUUUUACAUACCAUGACGCUUCACGAGUACGAAGAUUUCGACAGCGACACCUGGACACUGCCCAUGGCUGCUGGUGUCUGCCUGUCGCUCUGCUCGCAGACGGUGAAGAACGACAUUGUGCCGUCGGUGCUGCAGUUCAUCAACGACAACUUCAACCACCAGCAGUGGAACCACCGCGAGGCGGCAGUGCUCGCUUAUGGUUACAUAAUGGAGGGCCCAGACGCAGAGACGCUGCAGAUGCUGGUUCGCGACUCGUUCGACCGACUCUGUGACGUCCUGAACGACCCAUCUAUCGCAGUGCAGGACACGGCCGCGUGGACGAUCGGCCGUAUCGCCAGCUUCCACUGCCAGGUGAUCCUGCCAUACCUCGGACACCUGGAUGACUCAAACAGCAACUUGUCGAAGAUAAUGCAGGCGCUGUACAAGCCGGCGCGCGUCGCGGCUAACGUGUGCUGGUUCCUGCAUGAGCUGGCCGAGGGCGCCGUUCGCGCCUCCGGCAACCAUGACCUGGUCGACGCCAUCUUCCCUAAGGUGUGCGACGCGCUGGUUCGCAGGGCCAACAUGGACGACGCCAUGGAUAAAAACCUGUUCUCGUCGGCCCACAGCAGUCUGUGCAGCUUAAUCUCCAAUGUGAGCCCCGGCUGCCGGCAGCAGUUGGGUGGCAUGCUGGAACACUUCGAACGGAUGCUAUCGCAGUCAGUGUCAGCUGACGAUCAGAGUCCCGAAGCGCGGUCACGGCAGGAGACUAUCUGCGGUGUGGUACAGGUGCUGCUGACGCGCGUGGAGUACGUGCCGAGCACGCAGAAUUUGUGGCGAAGCCUCUGCGUCAUUCUGCAGGACGAUCUGAGUGAGGACGCCCUGCUCACGGUGAGUGCGCUCAUUAACCGUGUGGGCAGCGCCGAGUUCCAGCCCCAUCUGCCGCAGCUCAUGGAUAUUGUGCUGACGGGGCUGCAGCGUCUCGAUAUGGUCGACUCCUGCAAGGCGUGCGUCGAGCUGACCAGCGAUGUGGCCCGCGUCAUGGAUAGCGGCAUUCAGCCCUACGUUCCUCAGAUAAUGGCGAUCCUGUUGAGGACGCUGGCUGACUUCAACACGCCGCAGAAACUGAAACCGCCAAUCGUGACUGCUCUCGGAGACAUUGCGAUGGUCUCCGGGCCCGCGUUUUCCGCGUUCCUGGAGCCGUCGAUGAACCUGCUGCUGCAGGCCGCGAGCAUCACGUUCGAUAUGGGUCCAGUGGACAACGAGGAAUGGAUAUGGUACAUCACCGACCUGCGCGAGGGCGCGCUGUUGUCGUUCACCGGCAUUUUGUACGGGCAGAAGGGUGCUAACCAAUUAGACGCUUUGCGUGGUUAUGUAAGUGGCAUUCUGCAGUUCGUGCAGCUGGUGGUGGAAACACCGCAGCAGUACUUCUCGGUGUGCAAUUACCGUCUGGCCGUGGCUCUCGCCGGCGACUUGGUCAAUGCGUUUGGCUCCGACCUGUCGGUGUACCUCGUCAACUCCACGCUCGUGAGCAAGAUAAUGGAGCGUCUGGAGCAACUGGAGACGGAAAACGAUCCGUCUGUGUCGGAGUGCCGCGAAAAAGUGAACUGGCUGUGCAGUCUCCUAAACGGGAGUUCGUUGAGCGUGAACGCCUCGCACAGCACCGGUAUUCCGCGUUUGGCGAGCGCUUGUGCAACCGCUGAACAUCGUGUAAUAUGUAGCUGCUCUACUUACUUCCAUGUGUGGGUUGACUCCCAACGGCUGGACGAGGUCGAUGCCCUUGAACAGCGCCUUCCCGGUGGUCAACACGUCGUCAAUGACGACGACUUUGGUCCCGGGGGCGAAGGCGCUAGGAGCGCCCACAAACAGCGACCCUUCUCCGUGGUCCUUCGGCUCCUUCCGGUGGUAGCCGAAGCUGACUCGUUUCCCCGUGUGCUCCCAGUACUUGACAGCCAUGGCGGCGACUAUAGAUAUGCCCUGUACAUGUGUUUAUAA